AUGAGUACGCACCACACGGCCAAACCAUCACAAAAGAAUACUAUAUUGAGAUUGUUUGUCGCCCAUGUGACGAUACCAACAAAGGAAAGCAUUCCUCAACAAAGGCUAUACAAAAUCUUGUGCUCAGUGUGUUUUGAAGAUGAUGGGGAGGAAUUGGAUGAAAGUGAAAGUGGAACAUUUUUGUUUUUGUCAGACAAUGAGGAGUUUUUUGAAGAUAAAGCUGAACUUGUCGGGAAAGGCAAAGGACCCAGGCCCCCAUGCCAAGAUGAAACUCUGAUGAAAUUCCUAUCCUCCCUACAAGUCAUCAACCCAGAGAGUGUAAUAGCCCUUGCUACAAAAAAUAAACUAGAAAAAUGUUGCGUAAAUAUCUCAAGGACAAUUGAUGAGAUGAAGACAUAUUUGAAGUCAUGUGAAUUGAGACCAGAGCAGGAUACAUUCAUUCGACUGUUGAAAUGUGUUACUGUAUUGCAUAAGAAACUCUGCACCAAUGACCCUUAUCAUAAAUCUUUCAUGCAGUAUAAGAAAUGUUUUAGCACUCUCCAGUCUGAGUUUGACUCUUGUAAUGGCCCAGCUGACUGGUCAGACAGCUCUAAUAUUAAAAAAGUUUGCAAAGCAUUCCAAGAAAUUACCGAUUGCUACUACAUAAAAACUUCUGUUCUGUGUGGAAAUCAAGCAGCUGAUGUUUUUAAGGAACUUGUUGUGGCUGUGAUUGACAGCGUUGUGACAGUAGAUUGCUCUAAUAGCACCCCUCAAGUCGGUAGUUUGGGCAGACAAGCAAAUAAAACUUUAAGUCAAAGUCAAGAAUUACUUUCAAGUGCUAAAUCCUUAACAUUACAAAAAACCCAUAUUACUUACACAGUUUUUACUGUUGCUAUUGUAAUUAAGCAUUUAAUAAAGUUAAAUUUGUAAGCAUUA